AUGGUCAUCGCCGCCGCCGCCGUCUUCGGAUUGCUUGUGAAGGAAUUCUACUCUUGGUAUCGGCUGUCUCAUGUCCCUGGGCCGUUCUGGCAUGGAAUCACUGGGUUCUCGAUGGCGCGAGCUGCGCUGAAUGGAUCCGUUCAUGAAUAUUACAUGGAACUGCAUGAGAAAUACGGCCCCUUGGUUCGUAUUGGGCCCAAUACUGUCAUGUUCAGCGACGGCGACACGCUCAAAAAGAUCUCCGGUACUCGCAGUAAGUACAUCAAGGGUGAGUGGUAUGCGGUCGGACGAACCACCCCAGGUGAGGACCAUUUGUUCUCGAUGCGCGACGAGGAGAAGCGCAAGUAUUUGAAGAGCAAAAUGGGACCUGGUUAUUUGGGCUUGGAGAACGGAGGAUUUGAAGCCGGUAUAGAUAAGAAUGUUGCUGCGUUUGUUGACCUCAUCGAUCGCAAGUACAUCUCGACCGCAAAGGACUUCAGACCCAUGGACAUGGCCAGCAAGUCGACCUAUUUUGCGUUGGAUGUCAUCAGCGAUCUCGGUUUUGGCACGCCGUACGGCUUCCUUAAAGAAGACCGAGACCUGUAUCAAUACGUUGCCACGAAAGACGCCUUCUUUCCGGUCAUGAUUACGAUGGGAAACGUGCCGUGGUUGGCAACGCUUAUGCACAGUUGGCCUCUGAAUCUAGGAUUGCCAAAGUCAGGGGACUCUGCUGGGUUCGGGGCGCUUAUGGGGUUUGCUAAAACCUUUGUUGAUGGACGGCUGGCUCCUGACACGAAGCCCGGCCGAGACAUGAUCCAGUCAUUUAUCAAUGCUGGUCUAACGAGGGAAGAGCUGGCACAGGAAGUCUACGUUGAAACUAUUGCUGGUUCUGACACCACAGCAACGGCAAUCCGCAUGACGCUUCUGUCGCUUCUAUCAAAUCCGCAAGCCUUUACGGCCCUCCGAGCCGAGAUUGAUACCGCCGUCUCCAAGAAGAUGAUCAGUUCUCCGAUCAAAGAUUACGAGGCUAGGUUUAUGCCGUAUCUUCAAGCCGUGAUACGCGAGGGCCUCCGUCUAUACCCACCAUCGACCGGCAUCGUCAGCAAGCAAGUCCCGUCAGAAGGGGAUGUCAUUCACGGAUAUCGGUUGCCCCCUGGGACGCAGCUGGGAGAGAAUGUGUGCAGCAUCGGCCGAUCGAAAGACAUCUUCGGACCAGAUGCACAUCUAUUCAGACCAGAGAGGUGGAUAGAGGCAGCAAUGUCCGAUGACGAAGAAAGAUACAAGGCGAUGAUUUCAACUACCGACAUGGUUUUUGGGUAUGGCAAGUUUUACUGUAUGGGCAGGAACAUUGCGUUGAUGGAGUUGAACAAGAUCUUUGUUGAGCUUCUCCGUAGGUAUGAUUUUGCCAUUGCAAAGCCUGAAAAGCCAAUGAGAUUGUGGAGUGCAGGAUUUUGGAUAACGCAUGAUUUCUGGUUGAAGAUCAUGCAGAGAGGCAGGUGA